UGGUGCAUUCCCCAUCUACGUACUGAGCUGAAAUGAAGUCUUCUGCAUCUCCAACAGUCAUUGCAUCUCCUUCCCAAGCUGUGGCCAUCAACAAUGUUGCAGAUAUCAGUGUGAUCACCCUGUACUUUGUUUUAGUCAUUGGCAUUGGAUUGUGGUCCAUGUGUAGGACGAACCGUGGAACAGUGGGUGGAUACUUCUUGGCAGGGAGGAACAUGAAAUGGUACACUAUUGGAGCCUCGCUUUUUGCCAGUAAUAUCGGAAGUGGACAUUUUGUUGGAUUAGCAGGCACAGGAGCAGCAAAUGGUUUAGCAGUCGGUGGCUUUGAGUGGAAUGCCCUGUUUGUUGUAUUACUUCUGGGUUGGCUUUUCGUUCCAGUUUAUCUGACAGCCGGGGUCAUCACCAUGCCCCAAUACCUAAUGAAGAGGUUUGGAGGAAACCGAAUUAGACUAUACCUAUCUCUUAUCUCUCUCUUCCUUUACAUAUUUACCAAAAUUUCGGUGGACAUGUUCUCUGGAGCAGUUUUCAUCCAACAAGCUCUGGGGUGGAACAUCUACGUUGCAGUUAUUGCACUGUUGAUUAUUACUUGUAUCUACACUGUCACAGGGGGACUUGCUGCUUUGAUGUAUACAGACACAGUACAGACAUUGGUGAUCAUCGCUGGAGCGUUUGUGCUAAUGGGAUACUCCUUCCAUGAAGUUGGGGGUUAUCAGGCAUUGGUAACCAGAUACAAGGACGCCAUACCCAUCAGGCACAAUUCAACAGAUCCAUCCCGCUACAACAUCUCUGACCAGUGCUACCUUCCCCGGGCGGACUCGUUCAACCUCCUGCGGGACGCAGUCAGUGGUGACUUACCCUGGCCAGGAUUAGUCUUUGGCAUAACCAUCAUUGGAGUUUGGUUCUGGUGCAGUGAUCAGGUCAUUAUCCAACGUUGCUUAGCAGCAAAGAACCUGACACAGGUGAAGGCCGGCUGUGUUCUGUGCGGUUACAUGAAGUUGCUGCCCAUGUAUCUGAUGGUCUUGCCAGGCAUGAUCAGUCGAAUUCUAUAUCCAGAUGACAUCGCCUGUGUUGUGCCAGAGGAGUGUGAGCGCGUCUGUGGUACCCCAGUUGGCUGCUCGAAUAUUGCUUACCCAAAGCUGGUGGUGUCCCUCAUGCCCAAUGGACUACGUGGCUUGAUGCUCGCAGUGAUGUUGGCAGCCCUUAUGAGCUCACUUGCAUCCAUCUUCAACAGCAGCAGCACCCUCUUCACCAUGGACAUCUGGGCCCGGAUCCGGAAGGAUGCCAGCAACAAGGAGCUGAUGAUUGUUGGCAGGGUCUGGAUUCUCUGCAUUGUCACGAUCAGCAUUGCUUGGAUACCUGUGGUACAGGCAGCACAAAGCGGACAACUCUUCGACUAUAUCCAGGCUACCACCAGUUAUUUAGCACCACCCAUUGGCGCAGUUGUCUUGCUGGGUGUCUUUGUGAAGAGGGUCAAUGAGCCAGGUGCCUUCUGGGGUUUGAUCGGAGGUCUGGCCAUGGGACUCUGUCGUAUGAUAGCUGAGUUUGUCUAUGGCACAGGCAGCUGCAUCUUCCCCUCCUCCUGCCCAUUUGUUUUCUGUGGAAUCCACUACCUCUAUUUUGCCAUCAUUCUGUUCACCUGUACAUGUAUCCUGGUCCUCGUUAUCUCCUUCCGCACUCCAAAGAUCGAAGAGAAGCAUCUUCAUCGUGUGGUAUACAGCCUCCGUUACAGCCAGGCUGAAAGGGUUGACUUGGACGUUACGGAAAAGCCAAAGACAAAUAUGAAAACUCAAGUAGACGUAGAAAACGGCAUUGCUGACAUGCACCCAGAGACAACAGUUGCAGAGCCAAAGAAGAAAAGGAACAUAUUUAUUGUAUGUUGUGCUUGGUUCUGUGGCAUCAGUUCUGAGCCGGUGCCAGAACCAACAGAAGAGGAAAAGGCAGAGGCUAUGAAGGAAUUGACAGACAUAAGUGAGAAUACCACCUGGAAUACUGUGGUUAAUAUAAAUGUCAUUAUCAUGAUGUGUAUUGCAAUCUUUCUGUGGGGCUUCUAUGCUUAAUAAAACAUAACUU